GAAGCUAUUAUAGUCCUUGUUCUAAGCUCAAAAAUGGCUCCUUUACAUUGUUUAAGCUUACAAACCACAGCUGCUUUCAUUUCUUCCAAAACCCCUACCGAAUUCGGGUCGAAAUCCAAGCUUUUGGUUCUGGGUUCUCCGUCUUUGGCCAAACCCAGAAAGCCUUGCUUCACUGUUCGUGCCAUGGGUUCCUCUUCUUCUUCCCCAAAACCUGACAGCAAUAUUCAAGAGGCAGGAGCAAUUGACUAUAAAUCUUUAAGUGAUCAAGAAUGGCAGAAGAAGCUAAGUGGGGAGCAAUUCUACGUUGCUCGUCAAAAGGGCACAGAGAGAGCAUUUACUGGGGAAUUCUGGAACACCAAAACGCCAGGAACAUACCAUUGCAUAUGUUGUGACACACCACUCUUUGAAUCAUCGACGAAAUUUGACAGCGGAACUGGUUGGCCAUCUUACUACCAGCCUAUAGGAAACAAUGUGAAGUCAAAGUUAGAUUUGUCUGUUAUUUUCAUGCCUCGCCAGGAAGUUAUUUGCCAAGUUUGUGACGCUCAUCUCGGCCAUGUCUUUGAUGACGGGCCACCACCCACCGGAAAACGUUACUGUAUCAACAGUGCAUCUCUGAAACUAAAGCCAAAAGUAGAAAGCAACUAGAAAGGGAAAGGGCAAUCUUUUGUAAGCAAAAUAUGAGAAUAUGUAUUAAAUAAGAUGAAGAGAAGCACUUGGAUCUGUCUGCAGCUCCAGGUUCUUGUGGGUUUUUCCCAGUUAUGAUGAGAAUAUGUAAUAAUGAAUACAUUACUUGUUACAGUUUAAUACUUGUAGAUUUUGUACCAA